AUGACCACAUCCAAAGAUGUCAAAUUGGUAUUCUUCAUGGAUGCCGUGGAACAUUUGUGCCGUAUCGCGCGCAUGAUUCGUCAGGAUCGGGGAAACGCUCUUCUGGUUGGUGUUGGUGGUACUGGAAAACAAUCUCUGACCAGAUUGGCCGCGUUUAUCAACGACUACAAAUGCUUCCAGAUCGAGCUUAGUCGUGGCUACGACUAUACCGCAUUCCAUGAGGAUCUGAAAAAAUUAUACUUCUGGGCCGGAGUUGAAAACAAACCGACCGUGUUCUUAUUCACUGACAAUCAGAUUGUUGUAGAGGAGUUCCUCGAGGAUAUUAACAAUAUUCUGAAUUCCGGUGAAGUGCCAAAUCUGUUCGAGAAUGAGGAAUAUGAGCGAUUGAUUAUUGGAUGUCGACCAGCAGCAAAAGAUGUGGGCAUCGCGGAGGGAAAUCGGGAUGCGAUCUACGCGUUCUGUAUUAAUCGAGUACGGAACAAUUUGCACAUUGUACUCUGUAUGUCCCCUGUCGGGUCCAGUUUCCGUGUCCGAUGCCGCAUGUUCCCGUCCCUGGUGAAUUGUUGCACCAUUGAUUGGUUUAUCGAAUGGCCAGAGGAUGCACUGUAUAGUGUAGCCAUGUCCGCCUUUGAAGAAUUGCAACUGGGCACACCUGAAACCAAGAAAAACCUGUCCACAUUGUGCACGGAAAUUCAUCUCAGCGUAUCGGAUGCGGCAGAACGAUUCUAUCUGGAACUCAAACGACAUUAUUAUACUACACCAACCAGUUACUUAGAACUGAUCAAUCUGUAUUUGAGUAUGCUUCAGACAAAAACCAAAGAAUUGAGUGAUAUGCGAAACAAAUUCAAAAACGGUCUAAACAAAAUUUUGGAAACAAAUGACCUAGUGGCCAGUAUGGAAAUUGANCAUGAGACCGACACUGGAAGAGAGGAUCAGGAACAGGCUGACAUUGUUCGAAAUCGAGUGAAAGAAGACGAGGCAUUGGCCAAGCAAAAAGCUGCGGAGACACAAGCUAUCGCGGCUGAUGCUCAACGUGAUUUGGAAGAGGCGAUUCCAGCUUUGGAUGCGGCCAACCGAGCGUUAGAUUCAUUGGACAAGAAUGAUAUUUCUGAGCUUCGANNGCUUCGAGUGUUUACCAAACCCCCACAACUGGUUCAAACUGUCAUGGAGGCAGUGUGCCUGAUGCUGGGACAAAAAGGUGAUUGGGCCACAGCCAAAUCCGUGCUCGGUGAUUCGAAUUUUCUGCGCCGAUUGGUCGAGUAUCCGAAAGAUGAAAUUACCGAUGCCCAAUUGAAAAAGUUGAAAAAGUACAUUGACAAUCCGGAAUUCACUCCGGAAGUGGUGGAGAAGACAAGCAAAGCGUGCAAAUCCAUGUGUAUGUGGGUUCGCGCGUUAGAU